CGAACACUUGCGAGCGCAAUAGGUGCCUAGUAAUGUGUACGAGUCAUCCGACACACAACAAGGCUGCGUCUUGACUCGCCCAAAUCUCUCCGCGUCGCUCAUCUCCAUCUUCUAUCAAUAUUCCACUGCUUUAUCACAUUCCAAACGGCGGCUUCCUUUUCUCUCUCUACCAACUCAGUCCUCCACACCUCCUUCGAAAAUGCCAUCAGUCACAUCUCAAUCUCACCCCGAUGUACCUCCCUUCCCUUCCCCCUCGACCUUCUCCAUCCUACCCGACAUCUACCUCCUGAUCGCGCGCCUGAAUAUCCUCCAGCAAGCCACGACACAGACGGGUCCCUCUCAAGCCGAAUCCUCGUCGCAGACCCAGCAACAGUCUCAAACCCAAACGAGUUCGACACAGCAGCAACAGCAGCCGCCGCAGCACCUCCAGACCGGCGGCCCAGCCCUCGAGCUCAAGGACCUCCCGUCGCAAGUGUACGGUAUCAAACAGCACAUCGCGAAGGCAAGGGCGGCGGUGCAAGUUCUGCCCGACGUCGAGAGGAGCGUUGAAGAGCAGGAGCGCGAGAUCAGGGAGCUUCGACGGACGGUCGGACUGUUGAGAGGGAGGUUGGGUAAGUUGGCGGGGAUUGCGGCCGAGGGCGGCGAUGUUGUUAUGAAGGGUGUCGAGGGCUGAAAGAAAGAGGGUGGACUGAAUCACUCUAUACACGGACCACAGACCGAUACACUCACCCACGGCAGGCGAAUUGGAACGUCGGCAACCCUGAAAGGAGCAGCAAACAGAAUCAGAAGGCACGUGUCGCAGGUCUUAGGACGGACAGUACGACCGAAUUAGACCAGAAUAGCUGCAUCACUCAGCAGAGGGAAAGGCCAUAAACACCGAGCUGAGGCUACGUGUCGAUAAGAAGGGAUCACGACUGGAACAAGAACAACUGGGCUGGGCGGGACGAAGAAGCACCUUCAUACAACGUGGAUAUCACGAUCUGAAGGGUUGGAGCAAGAAAUUCGUAUUGCACGACAUUAUCAGUCGCGACUUCUCCCGAACUCGGGUAUGGGUAUCGUUGAAGAUAUGCUGUUUGUCCUCAGCCCCCAAGAAAGCCUAGCCGUUGAAAAUAUUCCACCGCAUCCGCCCAUCCCUCCAGACGCCAUUUCACCAGGUCACCAGAAUCAAUCCGGCUAAAUGUUUACACUGGCAGAGGGAAAGACGAAGCCCAGUCUGCAAUCUCUUGCCUGAGCUUCAAGAUCUCAGGGACACUGUCAUUCGCCACAGCAGCCUUGAAGUCCUUCAGCUUGUUAGCUUCCUUUGGCAAAUCCCCCUGGACCUUCUUGCACAGCUUGAUGCUCUGGUCGAUAUAUCCUGCAACGCGCUUGAAGUCUUCCUCGCCGAAUCCACGGGAAGUCAUUGCCGGCGUGCCAAUGCGAAUACCGCAGGGCGUGAGGGCUGAUUUGUCGCCUGGGAUACUGUUCUUGUUGCACGCGAUGUUGAUCUGCUCCAGGACCGCCUCGACGCGAGCACCGUCCAAACUCUGGGGACGCAGGUCAAGCAAAACCAUGUGUGAGUCUGUGCCGUCCGCGACCAGCUUGUAUCCGAGGUUCUUGAACUCGAUUUCAAGAGCCUUAGCGUUCUUCACCACUUGUUCCUGGUAUGCUCGGAACUCGGGUGUCGCAGCUUGUUUCAAGGCGACAGCUAGGGCAGUGAUGGUGUGGUUGUGCGGGCCACCUUGAUGGCCGGGGAAGACGGAGAAAUUGAUGGGUCCCUCGAGGUCAUACAGGAGCUGCUUGCCAGUCUUGGGGUCGGUGCUGCGGACACCCUUACGGAAGAAGAUCAUGGCUCCACGAGGACCACGGAGGGAUUUGUGGGUGGUUGUGGUGACGACGUCGGCGUGCUCGAAAGGUGAAGGGAUGACACCGGCGGCAAUGAGACCGGAGAUAUGAGCCAUGUCGACGAUCAGAUAGGCUCCGACCUUGUCUGCGAUCUGACGCAUACGGGCAUAGUCGAUCAAUCGGCAGUAUGCGGAUGUUCCAGCCACGAUGCACUUCGGUCGGUAUAGCUGAGCAUUCUCUUCAAGUCGGUCAUAGUCAAUGAUGCCGGUCUCGAGGUUAACUCGGUAGGGGAAGGUCUCGAAGUAGGUCGACACAGCGGAGAUCCUGCAAAAAUGUCAAUCACAAUACUUCCGCACCAAUCCU